AUGGAUGUUUCAGUUUCAUGGUCGGUCCUCAAAGGUUAUCGUCAGACUCCGUAUCCGAUGAAAAGCAGUGCUGCAGCUGCCGCAAGCUUAUUCGCAGACGACGAUGAUGAUGGCGAUGCUGAAUUCUCCUAUGAUAAUGAUGAACGAGAUAAAGAGGAGCAGUGUGUGAUAACAAAGGAUUUCCUUGUCGGUUUAUCGCUAACAGACAGUAAAGAUCAUACUAAAAGAGAGCGAUAUCGUGAUUUUGUCCAGUCGAUGUUGGUACUCGGUGAAGGUGAAGCGGUCAUUGAUCUUGGCGUUUCAGCUGAAGAUACUACAAAACGAGGUCUAUCGAAAGAUGAUUUAGAAUUGUCAGAAAAGAAGCACAUAGCGCUUUUGGAGGGAACUGGAGUAGUAUCAACACGUUUAGUGACCAAACAGCAAGGCAGCCUUUAUACACGUACUCAUCUCGUUCGAAAGGAAGUAGACCCUGAUGAUUUUAUUGAGGUGCGCGUGGCGGUUGUAGGUAAUGUGGACGCAGGGAAAUCGACGUUAUUGGGCGUACUAACCUACAGCAUUUUGGACGACGGCCGUGGACAAGCUCGACAAAAGUUGUUCCGGCACAAGCAUGAAUUUGAGUCAGGUCGAACUUCAUCCGUAGGAAACGACAUCUUAGGUUUCGAUAUUAAUGGUAAUGUUGUCAAUAAACCCGACUCGCACAGUGGAAAUCUUGACUGGGUUACCAUUUGUCAUGAUUCCGCUAAGGUGAUCACUUUCAUUGAUCUGGCAGGGCACGAAAAGUAUUUGAAAACAACAAUAUUUGGAAUGACUGGACACGUUCCUGAUUACACAAUGCUGAUGAUUGGUGCGAAUGCUGGUAUUAUUGGAAUGACAAAGGAGCAUCUAUCGCUUGCUUUGUGUCUCAAUGUACCGGUGUUUAUCGUUGUUACGAAAAUCGAUAUGUGUCCUGAACGGGUUUUGUCUGAAACGAUGAAGAAUUUGGAUAAAUUGAUGAAAAGUCCCGGAGCACGGAAAUUACCAGUUGUUAUCAAGACUUUGGAAGAUGUCGUUCAUGCUGCUAGUAAUUUUAGUGGUGGAAAGGUCUGUCCCAUUUUUCAAAUAUCGAACGUUGCCGGUACCAAUUUGGACUUACUUUCCGCCUUCUUCAAUCUUAUCCCACUUCGACGAAAGUUUUCUUUGGAUAGUCCAGCCGAAUUCCAAAUAGAUGAUGUAUAUUGGGUGGAUGGUGUAGGUACCGUGGUCUCAGGCACAUGUAUAGCUGGUAUGAUUUCGCUUAACGACACAAUGUUAAUUGGACCGAAUCCUUACGGAGAAUUCAUUCCGAUUCCAAUAAAGUCCAUUCAUCGAAAACGAAUGCCGGUAUCGAAAAUACGGUGCGGCCAAACCGCAUCAUUUUCCAUUAGAAAGUUGAGUAAAAAGGAAGUACGAAAAGGAAUGGUGUUACUUUCUACAAAAAUGGUUAUAUUUUCCUCAGUGCAGUUUGAUGCUGAAAUACUCAUUCUUCAUCAUCCGACAACAAUUGCCGAAAAUUACCAAGCAAUGGUGCAUAUUGGCUCGAUUCGCCAAACGGCAACCAUAAUACAUAUGACAAAAACAGUAUUACGAACGGGAGACCGUGAUAUGGUAACAUUUAAAUUCAUCAAAAAUCCUGAGUAUCUAUCUGUUGGGAGUCGUAUGGUAUUUCGUGAAGGUCGGACAAAAGCUGUAGGAACAAUCGUUAAAGUUUAUCCAUAUACUCCUGCACUUCCAAAACAGCUUCGACCGAAGCAUAUGAAAUACAAAGAGAGUUGGCAUAGUAAAAAAGCUUUUAACAGUAAUACUGGAAAAGAUAAGGAAGUGAACGCAAAUUAA